CAUUUCCCACGGGCCACUUCUAGUUCUCAUAAAUAUAAAAGAGUACGUGGCAACUUGCAUGCAUGGUCACAUUAGCUAUAGCAGCGGCCAUAUUCCAAAACCACUAAAGAUGUGGCCUUGAUUGUUGACCAUUCUUUGACCGAAUUAAGUCAUACCCACCAAUAAUGGCCGCACGUUAGUCUCAACUUUAAUAACUACCCACUAUGUAUAACUACCUAAACACACUCUAAUCACUAUCAUGUUCUUGUGCUUAUAUAUACAGACCCUGCACUUUGCAUUGGUUUAUCACCACUUUUUGCUUCUUCAACAUCCAUUCUUAAUAAAGCAUGUCACAUCUAUUUAAAUGUGUGAUUCUUUUCAUCAUGCUGUGUACCACAGCUUCGAGGGAGUUCAAAGUUGGUGAUCACUUUGGUUGGCGUGUUCCUGAUCCCACUGACACUUCAUUCUACACCCAUUGGGCUGAAAGAAACAGGUUCCAAGUUGGAGAUUCUCUCGUGUUUGAGUACGAGAAUGACUCAGUUCUAAGUGUGGAGGAAUGGGACUAUUUUCACUGCGAUGCAAGUAACCCCAUCACAGCCUUUGACAAUGGCAAGAGCAUUCUCAAUCUUGAUAGCCCUGGUGCCUUCUACUUCAUCAGUGGAACCGCUCAUCAUUGUAGCAGAGGACCCCACUACCUCUGCUGCUUGGCAACUGAUCGGUGCAAUGAGAAUGAGCUUGGCUCUUUUACAUUUGCUGAAGUACUAGCUGGUCUUGGACUAAGGCAAUGUAGACUUGGGCAUUUACUUGGAGCAUUAAGGAAACAAGUAGCAUUGUUUGGUUUGUGA